AUGUAUGCGGACCGGAAGGUUCGGGACUUAAAGUUUGCUAUUAGUGACCAAGUUCUACUGAAGGCUUCACCCAUGAAGGGUGUUAUGAGGUUUGGUAAAAGGGGAAAGUUACGCCCCAGGUACAUUGGUCCGUUUGAGAUUGUGGAUUGUAUGGGUAAUGUAGCUUAUGAGUCAUUGCCGCCAGGCUUGGCGGGAGUUCAUCCGGUCUUUUAUGUUUCAAUGCUGAAAAAAUACCAUGCCGAUGGUACCUACAUUGUCUGUUGGGAUUCUAUAUUGCUUGAUGAGAAUUUGACUUAUAAGGAGGAGCCCAUCGCGAUCUUGGAUAGGUAG